AGUGGAGAGGAUAAAAAGCAGUGACGCCGUAAAACGACAGUACACACGCUCCGGCUCUGCACUGCGUUUGUAGUCGGUUGCUGUGCGCAGUUCGAUAGUCAUUUGUAUUCCAUUUCGUGUUGUGAAUGGAAGGACGCAGUGUUUGGGCAUAAUUGUAUUCUUGCCAAAUCGCCGCCUUACGCCAUUAAUUGCGUCAUAGUGAUUUGCGUGUGGUUUGAUACUACGGCGUGAGCUACAACAUUAGGUCACACUUUAUUUAUUUGUGAAGUUUUGGUGCAUUGUGUCAAAAAUUAUUCGUCAAACCUACUUUAGAAGUGCGGAAAUUCAGCUGAUAAUGGGCUUACUGACAGAAGGCAGUCCAUUGACUUGGGAAGAAACGAAAGCGUUGGCCGGACAUGUGAGAAAACAUGGUGUUACGCAGUUUAUAAAUUUAUUUCACCGCCUAAAAGAUCGUCAGGGUGACAUACUGAAAUGGGGAGAUGAGGUAGAAUACAUGAUAGUAAAGUUCGAUGACGUAAAGAGGGAGGCGAAAUUGUCACUUCGUGCUGACGAUGUUUUGCCGAAAUUGCAAGAGAAAGAGCAUCGUGAUCCAACAGGAGUGAAAUCGCUAUGGAGGCCAGAAUAUGCGGCGUAUAUGAUCGAAGGCACUCCAGGGAAGCCUUACGGUGGUCUUUUAGCUCAUUUCAAUAUUGUUGAAGCCAAUAUGAGACGUAGACGUGAAGAAGCAGAACAGUAUUUGAAAGAAGGGGAAGUCGUAAUGUCACUCACAAGUUUUCCAAGGCUGGGUUGCCCAAACUUCACAGAUCCUCCGACAGUUCCUACUCCAAACAAUGGAGCAUCACAUUCGCUCUUCUUUCCUGAUGAUGUAAUUUUUCCAGGCCAUCCACGAUUCAAAACUCUCACAAGAAAUAUAAGGGAAAGAAGAGGAGAAAAAGUUGCAAUUAACUUGCCAAUAUUUAAAGACAAGCACACACCGUCACCUUUCAAGGAGGAGCUGAAUGAUGGAGAGAGCUCCAGAGCAGCUUUACCUGACCAUGUGUAUAUGGAUUGUAUGGGUUUUGGCAUGGGAUGCUGCUGCCUACAGCUCACAUUCCAAGCAUGCAACAUUAAUGAAGCCAGAACUUUGUAUGAUCAGCUAGCACCACUGUGUCCAAUAAUGUUAGCCUUCACUGCUGCUAGUCCUCUGUAUCGAGGUUAUGUGACUGAUGUAGAUUGUCGAUGGAACACAAUAUCUUGCUCAGUCGAUUGUCGAACAAAAGAGGAAAGAGGAUUGGAACCAUUAAAGCACUGCAAAUUCCAAAUUCCAAAGUCACGAUAUGAUUCCAUAGACUCAUACCUUUCACCAGAAGGAGAAAAGUACAAUGAUGUCCCAGUAGUGAAGGAUGAAGAAAUUUAUGAACAACUUCUACAAGCUGACAUAGACCCUCUUCUUGCACAGCAUAUUGCACACUUGUUCAUUCGCGAUUCAGUUUCACUCUUCAGUGAGAGGAUCCAUCAAGAUGACAAAAAUGAUACUGAUCACUUUGAGAACAUUCAAUCCACCAACUGGCAGACUAUGAGGUUCAAGCCACCACCACCAAAUUCCUCUAUUGGUUGGCGAGUUGAAUUUAGACCCUGUGAAGCUCAAAUCACAGAUUUCGAAAAUGCUGCUAUUGUUUGUUUUGUUGUUCUGCUCACAAGGGUAAUCCUGUCAUUCCGACUGAACCUAAUUAUUCCUAUUAGUAAGGUGGAUGAAAAUAUGCAGAAGGCACAGAAAAGGGAUGCAAUUAGGAAUGAGAAGUUCUGGUUUAGAAAGGAUAUCACCACUGAAGAUUCUCCUACAGUGGCCACGUCUUGUUGUCAGAAAACAGAGUGUAAUGUUUAUACACAAAUGACAAUUGAUCAGAUCAUAAAUGGGAAGGAUGGUGAAUUUCCUGGCUUGAUUCCACUGAUUAACAGUUACUUAAGUGGUAUGGAUGUUGAUGCAGAUACACAUUGUACAAUCCAGCAGUAUUUGAAGUUAAUACAGCGGAGAGCCUCAGGUGAAUUACUCACUACUGCAGCAUGGAUGAGGAAGUUUGUACGCACACAUCCUGAUUAUAAGUUUGAUUCUGUUGUGUCAGAGAAGAUAAACUAUGAUCUGCUAAAGACACUUUAUGGCAUUCAACGAGGAGAAAUUUCCUGUCCAGAAUUGCUGGGAACAAGCACUCAGUCAAAAACUCAAGACUCAAUACCUGUAGUUCUGGAAAGAGCUGAAAAUGGUCUGAUCAGUUCAUGUGGGUAAUAGGAUGAUUUGUUUGGAGUGCAACAAACAGACCAAGCUGGCCUUGCAUUUUGUAUGUCUGUUUAUAAUAUAGAUACUGAACUAGCCAUUCUUGUGUAAAUACAUAGGAAAGGAGAUAUUUUUAAGGUUCUGAAGACAACUUCAGUACUUUUUGUUACAGAUAUACACUUGUCUAGUACCUGUUUCCAUUGUUACGUAGAAUUUAUAAUGGGAUGUCUAUAAAUGGUGCUCUUGAAGGAAUGCAAAGUGAACUCUUGUUUUUAAGAGUGCAGGUCUCUCUUAAAAAAUCGGUCAUUCCAUUAUACUUUCAUUGUAUUUUGAUUUUAUACUUAAAAGCAUUUUUGUUUCAUUUGGACAUUAUUUAUGUACCAAGUAUAUUGCCAAUUGAUAAAAUCAUGCAAUGAUUUUAAGGGAUCAAUAUAUUUUCAAGUUUAAAUCUAUUACGUUUUAUGUAAAUGACUGCAUUUUUAAAAUCCCACCAUUUUCGCUAUGUUGUUGCGACCUGCAGUUAAAACUGACAGUUACUGUAAAUGUUUCCUACAUCAUGUGUACAUGGAUUAUGAAGUGCUUAAUAGGAUUUAAUUAAUAGUGUCUACUUGGCCACAUAGUAUUCACAGCUUUUUAACAUUAGAAUUUAAAUACAUUAAAAACAAUGUUUUGGUUAACUUUUAAAUAUGUGUAACGUAUUCUGAAGAGCUUUCCAACUGUUCAAAGGAAAGUUAGCUACCACUUACGUAAUUUCAUAGAAGUGUGAAAUACAAGAAAGUUUUUAAUUUAACAUAACUGUAUGCCACAUUUUGCAUCUCAAGCAGUGAACUUCAUUAUAUUUUAAAUGUGGUGCUUUGCCUGCUACUUAAUGAUAUUUGUGGAUGAGUUUGAUACAUGGGCUACACCUUAAUUGAUGGCACAAACAUUUUUAAGAAUAGGCACUUAUUGUUGCACAUGUGCAGCAUCAGCACUUUUGAAGAACUGCAUUAUGGUGCUCAUUAAAUUUUUUAAAAGAAAAAUUAAUGGCUCUCAGUAAUUCCUUGCUUAUGUUCUAAUAAUGUAAUAAUAUUAAUAAAAAAUGCCAAUUCAUUCCAAUUUGAUAAGUCAUUCCAUAAGGCCAGAUCUUUCAUACUGUGUUACUGAAGAAGUGUGCCGCAGUUCUAAUUGAUUCAGCUAUUACUGUCAUGAGAAAUACUAAUAGCAAUGAGAAAUGAACAUCAGAAUCAUGUUUUAAUCCAUUCCAUUAAUAUAUUCAUUGUGGGGACUGAUUAUACAAAAAAAAAGAAACAAGAAUUUGUGUUAUUGUGGGUAACCUGUUAUAAUGUUUUAUGAAGAUGAUUUCUUUAAAAAAUGUCUCAUAAAUGUAAAAUUCAUAGUCUGAUUAUCUGGUAAUGCUAAUUGAUUCACAAGUGUCUUCAGUGUGUUAAUUUGCGUGUUAAGUUUGAAAGACAUUCCAUUUGAGAGAUCUGUUGAUCUCUGCUUCACAAUGAAUCCACCACAUCUCUCAGCAAUAUCAAUAUUCUCCCCCUUCUACUAUUUCCUUCCUCUCCUACUAUGCCCCAUCCCCACCCCACCCAAAAGCACACACACACACACACACACACAU